GUGCGUAGUCGACGCUUCGUAGUGGAGCAUAAAAUGCAACUCGCAUUUAAGAUAUUGCAGCGGUGGACUAGCUCAGUCAUGCCAGUGUUAGCCUCCCCGAAAGCAUGGAUUAGAUACGCUGUUUCAAUGUGAUAUGAAUUUAAGUUUCGUGUUUAUUAGUCUAGAUGAGGAGCACAAUCACUAUGGAUUACUUUUGUGGAUACUAUAAGUUGUAUAUACUUCUAUACUCAAUUGGAUUUCUAUUUUCCUUUUUGGGUUACCAUCACUCGUGUUCUGCAUCAAGAACCGACCGUAGGUGUUCCUUUCCCGAGCAAUGGCGUGGAAUGUGGUACCAGUAUGGUCUUGGUUCAGUCAAUGUGACCCAGCACACGAUGAUACUGAAAUACGGAAGAAGAACAUGCCAUAUAAUCCAGGAUAAUAAAUAUGUCGUUUAUGAAAGCCAGGCAAGAUGUUACCGAUGUUUGGUGAUAACGCCGCAGCACACGAACGUGAUACAAUACAAAGAAAGUUUCUGCUUACGGUCUACGAACAAGGGUGUACCACAUGGACUUUGCGAUAGAAUACUGAGAGAUUACAAUUUUCUUUUCACGUUGAUAAGAGAGCCCAGUAAGCCCGUUCCUUGCCCUUUCCACGGAUCCUACUUCUUCUCCUACCAGAACAACUCGGUCCCUUGCGUAACUCCUUCUUCCUCGGUGGAUGAAUGUGCCAGUAAUACUCGAUUCAUGUUUCACUUCAAAAAAUGUAAAAGCACAGAAUACUCACAAAAUUUAGAUCUAGACUUUCACUGCCUUGCCACGUGGAAGAGUGGACAGAACUACAUGAUAGGUCGCUUCCAGGGACGAGGAUGGAGGAACAAUAAAGACCUACAGUACAGAUGUUUCAUGUAUGAAGCCAUAGCUAACAAAGUACUGAUGGCAAUGUCUGCAGAUGCUUCAUGUAUGGGACUCGUAGAACCAAAGGAUGGACCCCUGACUAUGAACUUGGAAAGGGAUGUUCAAAAGUUUGCCACCAUCAACUACCAGUUCCCAGAAUGGUUUUGGCGACGAGACACCAAAUGGCACGACCUGUCGGGAAAAUAUACAUAUCAUUUAGACAAAGAAAAACAAGUCAUUAGAAUAUCUUAUCAAAAGGAACCAGGGGAUGAGAAAGAAGUGAUCGAAGCUAUACGGUGUUAUGAGAUCGAUCGGAUCACUACGACGGAACGGUUAUUCCAGGCCAUUAGUAUUACAUCGAGAGGAUGUGAAACGAAAUUCCAGUGCAUCCGAAUAUUCCAAAGGAAUGAUGAUAUUGCUGAAUUCAACCGUGGUAUAAUGGUAGAGAAAGAGUCAAGAGCGUGUCUUGAAGAUAACUUCACCGGUGGUAUCAAGCAGUUGCUCAUUCCAUCCAAAAUUCGAGGAUCCAAAUGUCCUUACGACGGACGUUAUAGCAUAGACAUUGAUAAGGGUAGCCCAACCUGUACAAGUAAAAGUACGUUCACCAGUGGAUGUGACAAAUCACAGCAACUGCGAGUUGAGAUAACUUGCCCGUCAAUCUCAGCUGCCAAUUUAGUGUGUCUGAGUAAGUGGUCUCAGAAUACUACAACCUAUAUGAUAGCUAGACAGGCCGGAGGAAGUAGACUUGCUAACUGCUUUAGCUUUAGAAGAUUAGCGAAUCAAAAGAUCCAGUUUUCCUUAGACGUUCAUUGUAACAUGGGUGCACCACUUUUGCUGAACCAGCAGGUGCAUUAUACUCUCAGGAAGGAUCCAGGUGACUGCAACACAAAAGUGAACAUCAUCCGUGAUCCCGACGGAAGACAAACAGCCGGCAGAACCCAAGCUGCUUCACGAUUACACGUUUCUGUGGUUACCAUGUGUCUCCCCAUUCUACUGCUGAUUGUACCCAGACCAAGCUAGAAUACCAGGGCUACGCUUACACCUCAUAUAAAAUCCUGUUCCAUCAGCAAUGCAUUCAGAUCAGAGUGCUGAUUUUAAAAGGGUUCGCUCUCAAAUCCGGUGUAACGUUUAAAAUGUUACCGAUAUCCCUGUCUUUCCACACAAUAUUUGAGACUUUCACUUUUUGAUCGGGGGACAUAGGAAAUUAUACAUGUACUCUUGCUAGCAUGCAUAAACGAGGAGAACAAACAGAAUCGGAAUCGCUUAAGAACAUUUCACAUCGGUGACGAGUGGCCCAGGAAUUACAGUCCGGUUGUAUCUUGAGUUAAAAGCGGAUAGUGGUCACCUUGACAGGUCAAUAGAACAAUUUGUGUCCUAGAUCCUUUCUGCUAGGGACGGGGGUAUUCCUUAAAAUGCGUCAUCACUUGAAACAAUGUCCCCAAUAAAAAGUGUUAUACCGUAUCAUGAUCAAUUGCUGGGGUCCUAGGUGUAAGCAGAGCUAUUUUCUGUUGUUUGGUUGUGGCCCUGUACAGGGCCUAUAUUGAAUGUUGCCUAAUGUGCUAUUUCGGUGCGUAUUCUGUGACCCCUAAUUAAGGAUGCUCAAGUGAAUCAAUCAAUCAAUCAAUCUUUAUUUGGAAUUUUACCGAGAUUUUUGAGGCAACGAAAGGAUACACUAUUACCACCGUCUGGGAUCUUUUAGAUCAAGUCACCCCAUUCUUCUCUUUUUUCCAAAUACAUUCAAUCAAAUCUUUAUCCGAGUGUAUUUUAGAAACGAUCCAGGACCUGCUAUGGGAACAUAUGACAUAUCCAGCCGUGCUUUUAAUUAGCACAUAACGAUUUUAUGCCUUAUCAACUAGUACUGUCGUCUGAUAUUAAUCAGAGUGACACUAAAAUGAUUACUAACAUAUUUGGUGUAAAUAGUAUAGCUGGCAAAAAAUAACAAUUUAAGCAACUUUCGGUAUACACCUUGGCUGGGUUGUUCAAUGCCACGUUUUAGCUUCACGGAAUCGAUAGAUUUAAUUUUUACCUGAAGGAUUUAGAUAGGAUUAACGUUUUUGAGGAUACUUAAUGUACGGUAACCGUUACGGAUAACGUGAAUGGUGUGCAUUUGGACGACCGGGCCCUGGUACAAUGGCUGAGGUGCUUCUUGUAGAGGAGGAACCAUUAUGUUUAGUUCCCUAUGGUGCUAUGUCAAAGAAAAUGUUCAUGGAGAAAAAUGGAUCAUAGCUAACGUUAGAGGUGUUUUUUUAGGCAACGUGUAAUAUAUCAUGAGCAAUCAGUUAUAUAGAUUUGUUAGGUACAUGUAAUGUAGUACAGCAGAGCAAAAUUACAUAGUGUUUUAUCAACACUAACUCUGACCCUCUCGAACUAAUGGAAGUGCCGCCAAUCGAAAGUUUACGGUAUUUACUUUUACCUAAACUGCAAAAAUGCACUAUGCUUUUUUUCAAAAACAGAUAAAGUUCUUCAAAAAGAGCUAAGGAUUGACACCGUAAUUAAACCAGAGAGUGCAUAAUUUCAGUGCCGAUUUGGUAACCCAGAUGUUCGAUUACUUUGAAAGUCAUUGGAUAGCAAAGAUCUUAAUGAUUUCAAUUUCGCUGAAAAAAUGAAAGUGACAACCUCGAUAAGUUCUCCCUCCAUUUUUCUCCGUGCACAGCUGAUUGUUUUCCAUUUUGUAAAUGAAACCUUUGCUUGGCUCUUACCGCAGAAUCGGAUCGUUUUGCCUUUGUACAUUCCAUUACUUCGAUCUUGUACAUACUAUACUGGUAAGAGCCAGCAGUUCGACUAUCGUUGUACUUAUAAACUUUUUCUCGGGGGAAUAUAGACAGCGGGUAUAUACCUUCGGCCGAAUAAUUGAAGGGCCUACUUUUCGAGAAAAUGUACAUCAUAAAAAGAGUUCAAAACAAUGCGUUUUCAUCAGAUGAAUUGUAUUUUACUCGGUCAUCUGAACGUGGAAAUGUGGGACUUUAUACAUGUAAUUAGAAUGCAUUCAUUUUCAGCAAUACUGUUUUCAUAUUUGUGACUUUUUUUCCUCGAUCGUCUCUGUCAUUUUUAUCUUUUAUCUUUUGUUGGAGCCUCAUGAUGUCUGUUUCUGUAAACUGCCAACAAUCUUUGCGCAAAUUUUUUUAAUUAAAACUUUCAUUUCGCGGAUUACUAAAUUUCUUUUAGUUUUUCCGAUAAAAAAUACCUUUCGCAAUUUUUAUUUUCGCAAAUUUUAUAUUUGCAAUAGCGCGAAAAUAGAACACCGCGAAGAUUUCGCGAGUUACAGUUGAUUCUGAACAGUAAUCAUAACGCACUAAGCCAGGGAUGAUUCCAAGGCCAUUCCAAAGUCUAUAUUCUCCCUUUAAAGAAAUGAUGCUAGUCAAGGUGUUUAUUUGUGUGUUGGUUCAUCACAAGAUGUUUAUAUCAAUAAGUUGUACAUACAUGUAUUUUUGUCCGAAAAAGACCAUAAGGAAGUUUGAAUUAUGUGUCGUUUCUGACAUAAAGCCACGAAAACUGCCUAGAGUAAAUAAAAAAAGACAGUAUAUCUUGGAGAUAUAUCAUCUGUUUACAAUAAUGUAAUUAAUUGUUGUUGCAUUGAAACAAUAUAUCUAUCGGUGUUUUUACGUCCCCUAUUCUAGAGUAUGGCCCAUUAUAGAGUAUGGCACUUCCAUGCCGAUAAAAUGGUAUUGUAUAACAUUGUAAUGAAGUCCGUCGCCGAGAGGGUACAGAUCAUCGAAGAUUGGCUUCCUGGAUGUCAUCACGUUUUUGGGGAAUUCGAGAUGAGUAUGAGGAGGGAGGGGUGAUAUUUCGAGUUUGGAAAUUUUGACAAUGGUAUCAAAAUGCGUGGCACUUUCAUAUUGCAUACAUAACAUUAAGUAAUGAUUAAGAGCUAAUCUAUACCUACUUGGUAAAAAUCUGUACUAUGUAUGCCUAGUUUUAUCCUCGAUAAUCUGAGAUAAUUGUUGCACCUUCCUUAGAAGAGCGAUGAAGAGUUGCUUGAUAAUCACUUCAUUUGCUUCUUCAUGCAAAAAUGAAGAUCACACUUAAUAGUACGCACGGUGCCGUUCCAUUUUCAUGUCCUCGUUUUUUCCAAACCACUCAUGGAAUAUAGCCGCUGGCUAAUCACGUAAUAUUGUAAGGCAUAAUAAAGUAGCAUCUUUGGAGAGUUCUGCAUAAUUUUUACUUUACUUGUAUGAUAUACACAUACACGUAAUCUUGUACUGCUUAAGUGCGAGGAAGAAAUAGAUAAAGAAGAUAACUGGCUGUAUUAUAUAAUCCUUGAAAUGGCAUAUCAGCUUGAAUUGGAGGCUAGGUUAUAUUCACAUGGAACGCCGGUUUACGUUGUCAACUUUAUAACGACCGAGUUAUUCGCAAUGAGUGAGUCUGCAAUUAGCUUCACGAUCGCAUCGCCUUUUACCCUCAUUUCAUAUUAUGCCAUUAUAUCAAGCCGGUUACGCUUUGGCGUGCCAAAAUCUGGAAAGGUACUCAUUCAGUAUUGACCGGAAACAAAUCUGGAAGUUUUGUUCCAACUUGUGACAAGUGAAAAGUUUUAACACGCGAACCGUAACAUCGUCCAUUACGUUUAUCUCGCCGGCAUUAGGCUUAUCGAACAACAUGAAAGCUGUUUUAGCGGGGUUCGAUGUUGGAGAGAUUUGCCCUGAAAACCCUUUGACAGCAGGACAAUAGAAAUUUAGGCCUAGGUGAAAGCGGGCUUUGUUUACAGACAAUAGACGUGUAAUUAUGAAUUACGAAAUCGGCAAUCUUUAACAAUCUAUCAUAAUUAAGUUAUUAUGUACGAUAGUUUUCCUUUAAAUCCAAAUGGAUCACUUACAAAAAAUUUGUUCGUCACGGCAGACAUGUCCAAUUGCUCUUUGCUUGUUGAUGGCCAGAUGGUUCAAAUUUCAAAUACGAAUGUGAACCAACAUGUUUCGAAUUUGUGUUGAUUCUUAGGGGCUUUUGAUUACAUGUAAUACUCCUAAAGCAACAGCAGCCUUUAGCCACAUUGCACCACUUGUGUUCUAUGCAGUUUGCUGUUAAUCCCACUGACUUUAUAGAAAUGAUGAACCAUGUGAGUGCAGUGUACUUUCAAUGUACAUGCAUCUCGAAUAGUUUUAAAUAUAUCGCCAUUUUGAACGGUGUCGAGUUCAUGUUUUGAUUUGGAGAUAUAAAUUGUAUAUAUUGCUGCUGCCUUAUUUUAUUAACCUUUGUAGAUAACGUGCACAAAAUCUGU